AUGUUGUUCGUUCUUACUAUAAUUGCAACGAUAUUCAUUGCAAAUAAUGUUGUCAAUUCAGCUGAAUGUCGAACAGUAAAACAAGGUGCACAUUAUUCAUCAAUGAUUCCAUUUCAUGGUUUGAAAUCUAAUACAACUAUUUCAACACGUAUUCAAUUUACGACUAGUUCAGCUCGUUAUUUAUUUCCACCAACAGAAUCUAAAGGAGAGUUAUGUACAAUAUCAUGGAAUAAAUUAUGGGGAGCUGGUCGAUGUGGUUAUUUGACAAGUAAUCAUAAAGAUUCAGAUCGAUUUGUAUUUCGUCGUGUUGGAAAUUGUCUUCGUUAUGAAUCUGGAUAUGUUAUUGGUGAGAAUGAUAAUUGUCCUGAUUCAAAUUUAAUUGAAAUAGCUGCAUAUGCAUAUGAUAAUAGUCUUAAACCAUUUGAAAGAGAAGGUACAUUAUUAAAAGAAUUUUCAACUCGUUUACAAAUUGAUAUUUGGUAUAAAGUUACACUUAUAUUUGAAGAAAUUAAAACAAUAUAUCAAUUAUUUGAUAAUAAUGAUCAACUUCUUGAAACUCAAGAAAUUGAUCAUCGUCAAUGUAAAGAUUUUAAUCUUGGUAUGAUGCAAGAUUUAUAUUUUGGUGGACAAUGUCCUGCACCACAAGCUGUCUCUGUUUGUUAUGAUAAAGCAUAA